AUGGUUGAGGGAAUUUCAUUUUGGAAUGAGAAUUGUGUAGGAUUCUCCACUGAGGAGUUCCAAAAUCAUCCUUUGGUAGACUCUGUAAAUCAAGAAAAUGAUGAAGACUCUGGAAUUCAUGGUUAUGAACAAUGCUCCAUUUCCAAGAGAAUGAGGCUGUCACCUGAAUUCACUCUGCAGGAAGGAGAUGUAGAUUCGUCUGAAGAUUCAAGUCCUCUUGGUUUGAAACUGUGCAAGACGCCAUCUUUCAUGAAUUUAUUGGAGAUGAAGUUAUCCCAGUGGAGGAAUGAAGAUUGUUCAUCAGAGAGCAAUCCCAGAUUGGGACGACAUGGUCCUAAAACAAAAUGUUCGGAGAAACUGAAGGCUACUAACUUUCCUGCAAUUUUACUUAGAAUUGGAAACUGGCAGUGGAUUUCUGAGCAUGAAGGCGAUUUGACAGCCAAGAUUUACUAUGCGAAACACAAAAUGGUCUGGGAAGUGUUGGGUGGGCCACUGAAGAGUAAGAUUGAGAUACAAUGGUCUGAUAUUACUGCGAUUAGAGCCAUUAUCCGUGAUCACGAACCAGGAAUUCUCGAGAUUGAGUUGAACCAACCACCUUGUUUCUUCGGAGAAACUAAUCCCCAACCGCGCAAGCAUACUCUUUGGCACCAAACAUUGGAUUUUACUGGAGGCCAAGCUUCCAUUUUCAGGAGACAUUAUGUGAGUUUUGCACCGGGGAUGCUUGAUAAACACUAUGAGAAGCUUCUACAAUGUAAUCAACGAUUAUUCUCAUUAAGCCAGAAGCCCUUCCCUAGCCAAGAGUCCCUAUAUUUUGACUCAGCUGUCUAUGGAUGUUCAGAAUCUUUUUUCACUUUGAAUGGAUAUCAAUCAGAAUUUCAUCUUAGAAUGCAGUAUCCGCAUCGAACAUAUCAUGCUCCUUCCAUUCCUGGCAAGAUUGAGAGUUUUGAAGCAAUGACAAGGUCACCGAUAAAGCUGAUUUCUUCGGACGAAAAAGUAAGAAACUAUAGAUUUGUAAAUCGAAGGCGAAGAGUUUGCGGUGAAGGAGAAAAUGUUGCUUGGGGUGAAUCGCAAGCCAAUUAUGUUCUUAGUCCACCAAAUUCUUUGUCAGUGGAAGAUGUUGGGGGAUUUAGUCCAAAUACGAGUGACCUAAAUGAAAUUGAUAACCAUUUGCUAGGAGACAAUCAAUUCAUAGGCUCUAAUGAGGGAACAUUUUUCACAAGUGUGAAAUUGAUGUGUCCAUUGAUUGAGCCAUUGGAUGUGAAUCCAAUGAAUACAUCAUUUGCAAAUCAAUUGGAUAUAAACUAUCAUAGCACAGAUAUACAAGUAAAUCAAGAUAAAUUUGAGAAAUCAGAGCUAGUUGGCCUCUACUCAGAGCCUAUGACUUGGUUAUCUCAUUAA